UGCCACUUUAAGGCAGCCAUCGCGUUUGGUAUCGGGCCAGCGACAUUUUUUCAUGGCAACACUCGGCCUGCAUAAAUUAUGUUCAUGACGUAGUGCAAAAUACUACAUUUCUGUUAAAAUGUUGAGACUUUGCAGAUAACGCUUACGUUUAGUUUAUCUCGGUGGACUGUGUUCACCUGAGUGAUAGUUUACGAGGGUACUCGUCAUUAAAUAUUUAGUAAACGAGCUACAUUGCGCCGCCGAGCCUCUUUAUCAAUGCAAAUGCCCCUUUUGUGUGCAGCCAUAGCGUCCGUCUGGAAGCUGUGAGAUGAAUUUUUAAUUAUGUAUGUUUAAUAGAAACUGUGGCAAAGCGCGCUGAAGGAGGUGAAAGGCAGAAUUUAACGGUAAUUCCUCCGGUGGGCUUGUAAGAAGAACACCCCUUGGUCAUCAUGCCUAACCUGUGAUCUUAUGGAUGAAACUGAAUGAUGGAUUCAGAAGAUCUUCCUGCAAAAGAUGCACCACUUACUGUCAAUGAGCAGGUGAUUGUCAUGUCCAGUCAUGAGACCAUUCGAGUUCUAGAGGUUGAAGUGGAUGCAGCUGUGCCCUCCCCAGGAAAUCAUGUGAAAACUGAAGCAGGAGCAGAAGAGAGGAGAGGAAAAGCUUUAGAUCCAGCAGAGGUGGUCACUCAGGAUAGACAUACACCAACCAGCACCAUCCCCACAGUUUCUAAUGAGGCUGCAGUCCCUUCUGUUCAGAAUGUUGCAAUUCCUAUAAGUCUCUCUUUGCCUCAUCCCCAGACCAGCAUGCCUGUCACUAUCCAGGCCUGUCCACAGGUUCUGACCCAGGAGGGCCUUGCAACCCUGAUGACUGGCAUGAUUGCCCAGCAAAGCACUCUGAGCCAGCCUCUGCUGAUUCCUCUGAGUAUGGCAGGCUCUGUGGGUGGUCAAAAUGGCCUGGCACUACUGACCCUUCCGGCAACCACACUAGCCACUCUGCCAGGUUUCGGGGCUGGUGGCACAACUGGAGGGCUCAUUAAACUACCUUUUGCUGGCCUGCAGGCUGCCACUGUUCUGAACACAGUCCAGCCUCAGCUUCAGGCACCUACACAAGCACUCCUACAGCCUCAGACAGCUACAAUUCAGUCAGUGCAGCCACAGGCUGCUCCCACCAGCACUGCCGCUGUAGCUUCAGUCAUGCACAAGGUGACUGAGCCUAGUGCAUCAGUUGCAACACUUCAGACCACAGGCCUAACCAUCAACCCUGCUAUUAUCAGUCCUGCAUCUUUGGGUGGUCAGCAACAGUUCAUCAGUUCUCUGACUACAACUCCAAUCAUCACGAACACCAAUGUGACAGGACUAACCAGUCAGAUCUUCACCAACGCACAGGGCCAGAUGAUGGGCACGUUGCCUCUGCUGGUGAACCCUGCAUCUUUGAUAGGAGUCUCUUCAACACAUUCACCACCAACUCAGGGUCUUCAGGUGCAGACUGUGACUCCUCAGCUGCUACUGAACUCCCAGGGCCAGAUAAUUGCCACUAUUGGGAGCAACCCUGGUGCUGCUCCUUUCAGUACAUCCCCAAGCUCCACAGACUUAACUAAAACUACUCUGUCACAUUCCAAGUUUAACACACAGGCUCCCACUGUAACAGUAAACCAGUCUCCAGUCAUGAUUGCCCCACAGCCCUCCACAGGGAAAUCAACCUCCUCAUCGAUUCCUGUUGCCUGUGCAGAAAUGCCCACAGUCAGCCAACUCGUCAACAAGCCACAGUCUGGGGUAACCGAGGAAGAGGGCAUUAAUCUGGAGGAGAUCCGUGAAUUUGCCAAAAACUUUAAGAUACGACGACUUUCGCUGGGGCUGACGCAAACACAAGUGGGUCAAGCUCUUACGGCUACUGAAGGACCAGCUUACAGUCAGUCUGCAAUCUGUAGGUUUGAGAAGCUUGAUAUAACACCUAAGAGUGCCCAGAAGCUAAAACCGGUUCUAGAGCGUUGGCUUGCUGAAGCAGAGCUCUGGAACCAGAAGGGACAGCAAAACUUAAUGGAAUUUGUGGGAGGCGAGCCAUCCAAGAAACGCAAACGCCGCACCAGUUUCACACCACAAGCCAUUGAGGUCCUGAACAGCUAUUUUGAGAAAAAUGCACUUCCAACUGGGCAGGAGAUCACAGAAAUCGCCAAGGAACUAAAUUAUGACAGGGAGGUUGUACGAGUUUGGUUUUGUAAUCGCAGACAGACUCUGAAAAACACCAGCAAGAUCAAUGUGUUUCAAGUACAGUAGAGUUUACAAUAGAAGCCUGGAAGGACAAUGCGAUAUAUGCAUGGAUAUUGGUACUGUGAUAUGUUAAAGAUGCAUCUUUUUGAUUUUCACAUUAAAUUGCACAAAAAAUCAUUGUGCUACAUUCAUGAAUGUUUUUGUUAAAUCUGCAUGUGAACUUGAGACAACACCACAAGUAUAGAGCAAAUAAAUUAUAACGAUUUUCAUAACGUUAAA